AUGGAAGAAGAUUCGCCCUGGGGUGGUGGAGUGAGAUUGCAGUCAGUUUGGCCACAACUUGCUGAUCCACGCACUACAGACGUUCCGUCACGAUCGCAUUCCAACAGCAACCUGGCCGCCCAAGCUACUCAAGACGAGCCGACCACAUCGACAACCAAGGCGACACCUUCAACGGCAGAGACAGACACUCCUGCCGCCUCCGAUAACACUCGAGCCAAAGUCAAGAGCCCGCCAUCCAAGACACGUCCUUCGCGCCGCUUCGGUACACAGUCCACCACUCUCGAAGCGCUCGACGACUCGCUAGGCCCACUUGGUCCUCUGGGCGAUGUUCCUGCUGAAGCUGCUCCUAUUGAAGAACGUCCCGCACCGCCACAGAAGGAGCAGAAUGCCCGCAAUGCCCCACCGACUGCUCUGAUGGAGAGUACCACCCUCGACGAUGACGGUACCUCGACCAUCUCAGGACGUGCUCCUCNNCCCCCUGUUCAGCCUGCUCCUGUGGCCGAUGCUCCCAAGCGCCAAACACAGCCCAGCGUAAGCAUUGAGCAAGCUGCCAAACCUUCGUUCGACAUCAGCGUUGGCGACCCGCACAAGGUCGGAGACUUGACCAGCUCGCACACCGUCUACCAGGUCCGCACAAAGACAACCAGCAAGGCUUACCGAACCCCCGAAUUCACCGUCUCGCGCCGCUACCGUGACUUCCUAUGGCUAUACAACCAACUGCACAACAACAACCCUGGAGUUGUAGUGCCGCCGCCGCCAGAGAAACAGGCCAUGAAUCGCUUCGACCAGAACUUUGUCGAGAGCCGUCGCGCCGCUUUGGAACGCAUGCUCAACAAGUCAGCCGCUCAUCCCGUCCUGCAGCAUGAUGGUGAUCUUAAGUUGUUCCUCGAAAGCGAGGCCUUCAACGUCGACAUCAAGCACAAGGAGCGCAAGGACGUCGGCUUGCCCGAGACAAAGUCGGGCGGCGGCAUGCUGGGCGCCAUUGGCCUGUCGGUCGGGUCCAGCACUAAGUUUGUCGAACACGACGACGUAAGUGCCGCCUAUUCUUCUUAUAUCGAUGCCCUUCCUCCAUCUCCCGCCCUCCCCGAACCCGUCGUCCCUAAUUACCACACUUACACGAUAUUGUCGCAGUGGUUCCAUGACCGUAAGAUCUAUCUUGAUGCUCUUGAAACUCAGCUCAAGGCUCUUCUCAAAUCUACCGAUACCGUAGUCGCUCAGCGCAAAUCAUUGGCCGAGAGCUGCCAGGACUUCUCUGCUUCACUACACCAGCUUGCAUCUGUCGAGCUGUCACCAGAGCUCUCUGCUCCCUUGGACGCUUUGUCGGACAUUCAGAUGCGCAUUCGUGACCUCAACGAUCGCCAGGCCCAGCAGGAUGUUUUGACCCUUGGUAUUGUUAUUGAUGAGUACAUCCGCCUGAUUGGCAGUAUCAAAACAGCCUUCCAACAACGCCAGAAGGCCUACCACAACUGGCACACAGCCGAGGCUGCUCUGCAGAAGCUAAAGAACACGCACGACAAGCUAUUGCGAGCUGGUCGCACCCAGCAAGACCGUCUAUCCCAGAUGCAAGCAGAUGUUGCAGAUGCCGAGCGACGUGUUCACCAAGCACGUCUGUUAUUUGAGGACAUGGGUCGUUUGAUGCGCAGCGAGCUAGAUCGCUUCGAGCGCGAGAAGGUCGACGACUUUAAGAGUGGUGUCGAGACUUUCCUUGAGUCGGCAAUCGAGGCGCAAAAGGAACUUAUCGAGCUCUGGGAAACAUACUUGCUACAACUAGACGCCGAUGACGAGGAGUCGGCACCAUACUUUGCCGCUGGCGUCAAUGCCAACGAGCGCAACACAGACCAGGACUCUUCGCAAAGAGAUGCAACGGAAGGUGGAGAGGCGCCUGCAGCUGGGGCUACCGGUGAGACGAGCAAUACUGAGGAACAGCACUCCGAGCUUGCACCACCAGCAACAGAGGUCGAGAGCGAAGCAUAG